AUGCCGGAAGAAACAUAUAAGGAGCGAGAUGAGUUGAUUAAGUGGGUUAAGGGUCAAGCUGAAAAGUUACAUUUUACGGUUGUAAUUGUAAGAUCGGACCAAGGAUUGGUAAGUGGGAAGCCAAGUUUUGUGUUGGGUUGUGAACGGGGAGGUGCGUACAGACCAUCGAACAACAAGGCAAAGAAAAAGGUAUCAAUCGAAGAGAGGGGAUCGAGGAAAAUUGGUUGUCCGUUUAGACUCCGUGGUUAUUUGCCGAAAUCAAAGGAGUGGAAUCUUACAAUUGUGUCCGGCAUUCACAACCAUGUGUUGGAUAAAGCUUUGCAAGGUCACCUAGUUGCGGGGCGUUUGAAACCCGAAGAGAAUGAGAUGGUUGUCGAAAUGUCCGGAAAUCUAAUCCCACCUAGAAACAUCAUGUCUACAUUGAAAAAGAGAAAUCCAGAUAGUGUGACAAGCAUCAAGCAAUUGUACAAUGCCAAGCAUAGAUUGAAACUUGCAGCUCGGGGGCCAAGGAGUGAAAUGCAACAACUUUUGAAAUGUCUGGAGGAAAACAACUAUUAUUUCAAAGUUAGAACAGUUGGUGAGUCUGAUACUAUUCAAGACCUGUUUCUUGCACAUCGUAAGUCUAUCCAAUUGUUCAAUACUUUUAACGAUGUUUUGCUUAUGGAUUCCACAUAUAAAACCAACCGGUACAAAAUGCCAUUGUUUGAGAUUGUCGGCUGCACAUCGACUAAUAAGACAUUUGGACUUGAUUUUGCUUUUCUAAGUAAUGAAAAACAUGACAAUUUUGUUUGGGCUCUACAACAAGUGCAAAUGCUUUUAGUGGACGAAAACAGUGCGUCGAAGGUUAUUGUGACUGACCGGGAUGCCGCAUUGAUGAGUGUUAUUCCCGAUGUAUUUCCAAAUGCAACACCGCUAGUUUGUCGUUUUCAUAUUAAGAAAAAUGUGUCAGCUAGGUGCAGCGCGCUUUGUAAAAUCAAACAUGGUGAGGAGGAGAAGCAGGGGGAGGUUGUUAGAAACAUAAUGUCUCAUUUUUACGAAGUGUUGAAUUCUCCAACCGAGGAAGCAUAUGCUGAAGCGGUCCUAAAGUUUAGAACCGUAUGCGAAAGGUGGCCUAGAUUUUAUAACUAUGUCAAAAACACGGUUCUAGACACUGAUGAAAAGAAAGUUGUGAGCGCGUGGACAAACCGUGUAAUGCAUUUUGGGAAUACUACAACAAACAGAGCUGAGUCAUCACAUGCUGUGCUAAAAAAAUACUUGUUAGAUCCAAAUGGUGAUUUUGUCAAGGUUUGGGGAGCAGUACAUGAUAUGUUGGUUAACCAACACACUGAGAUUCAAGCAACUUUUGGGAUCAGUUUGUCGUUACAAGAGCAUAGAUAUAAUGGGAAGCCGAUGUACAAUUUAGUGGUUUAUAAGGUUUCAAGACAUGCAUUGGGUUACAUUCAUGAAGAAGCCAAGAGGGUUGAGGAAGUUGGCAUGGAUAGCAAAAAGUGUGGUUGUGUGUUACAACGCACCCAUGGAUUGCCGUGUGCUUGUGUGCUUGCUAAAAAGAUUUGCCACAACCGACCUAUUAGGCUGGAUGAGAUUAACAACCAUUGGAAGAAGUUGGUUUUCAAUGACCGGAAGGACGUUGAACAACAAGUUGAUGACUAUUCUUGCUUGGCGGAGUGGAACGCUAUUCAGGAACGUUUGAGAACAGUCGAUGUCCCCAUGAAAGCACAAAUUAGAGAACAGCUGCGACAGAUUGCAUUCCCACACUCUACGUCGUUGAAACCUCCGGUUGUGGUUGGAAAGAAUAAAGGUGUAAAAAGAAAGGGUGCUUGCGGGGAAAGUUCGACGACCCGGUCUCCUUCCUAUUGGGAGCAUGUGGAGGUGCAAUUUCCGCCUAGCCAAUCAUCACAAGCAACACCAUCGUCUUCUAAACAAAAGGGUGCACGUACCGGUAAAGUUAAUCCAAUCGAAGAUUUGCAUCGACAUAUUCCAUUUCUUGAUGCAACGCCAUUGUUCAUGCAUUCGCAUAUUGAGGAUAUAGUUGAUGUCGAUGGUGAUGGCUUCUGCGGAUUUCGUGUUAUUGCUUUGGAUACUCGCAACAAUCAAGCUGAUUAUGAGCUAAUUAGACUAAACUUGCAAAAGGAGCUAGGUAAGCACAAGGACGAAUAUUUGACGAUAUUUGGUUCUAUGGAGCGUUAUCAAUAUAUAUAUGACGCUUUCUUUCCACCAACGAGAAGGUCUAGUCGGCGCAUGGCACCUAGAGAAAAGUGGUUAACGUUUCCAGACAUGGGCCACAUCAUUGCCUCCUACUUCAACAAGGUAGUAGUGUUGUUGACUAAGAAUGAAAGGUCUGGAGCUAGUGAAACUUUUUUUCCAUUGCGAGGCACUCCUCCAAAAGACCCGGAUUCUAAGAUUUUAUGUAUCGGAGGGGUUCCAGAUCAUUUUGUCUAUGUUAAGUUGAAGCAACAUUGUCCAUUACCUCCGACUUGUAAGACGUGGACUAAAUAUUGUACGCAGGAAGCUUCUUCGUGGCAGACUAGUUUCGUGGAUAGACAAGCAGAUUUCGUGGGUACACAUGAUCAGAAAAUUCUGACUUAUAUUAUAACCAAGUUAUGUUAUAUAACUUAA